GGAGCAGGACAGGGCUGGGAAGGAGCAGCAGAAGUGGGGUUCGGUGGAGCAGGGUCACCCCUGGGAGCCGGGGUGUUGAUGUGGCCCCCCACCCAGAGGACCACGCAGGAGGAGCCAGGCUGUCCCCAGCCCCUCGGGGACUGACCCAGGACACCCGUGGACAAGGCAGCACAGGGUUGGCUCCAGCCAUGGGGGGCCCGUGGCAGCCCCCCGGUGCCUGCACGCUGCUGGUCCUGCUGCUCAUGCUCCCCAUGCUCCAGGUGAGAGCGACACAUCCCGACUGCUCCGUCGUCCUCUAUUUCCAAGAGCAAGAAGCUGAAUGUCUGGAGAUUAUCAGGAGUGAAAGGGAAACGUCAGCCCCCCCGGGACCCCCCGGGCAACGAGGCUGCCCGACCGAGUGGGAUGGAGUGAGCUGCUGAUCGGCCCUGCCCGUCGGACAGUCCCGAGCUGUCUCCUGCCCUGACAUCCUCCACGUCUUCAAGAAGUCCAAAGCACUGAUCUGGAGGAACUGCACCGAGUCGGGAUGGAGCUUCCCCAGCCCUCCCUACUACAAUGCCUGCGAGCUGGAGACCACUGGCAGCAACAAUGACACUGAGGCCAAGAAAGGCUAUUUUGUCACCAUGAAGAUUCUUUACACCUGUGGCUACUCCACGUCCCUGGCAGCCCUGUUCCUGGCCAUCGGCAUCUUCUCCUGCUUCAGGAAGCUUCAUUGCACCAGGAACUCCAUCCACAUCCACUUCUUCACCUCCUUCAUACUGCGUGGGGCUGCCGUGUUCAUCAAGGACGCCGUCCUCUUCUCGGACGAGUCUGUUGACCACUGCACGAUGUCAACGGUGAACUGCAAAGCAGCCAUCGCCUUCUUCCAGUACUCCGUCCUGGCCAACUUCUACUGGCUGCUGGUGGAGGGCAUGUACCUGCAGACCCUGCUGCUGCUCACCUUCACCUCCGACAAGAGGUACAUCUGGUGGUACAUCCUCAUCGGCUGGGGCGUCCCCAUGCUGACAGUCUGCGUCUGGGUGGUCACCAGGCUGCAGUACGACAACCAUGGGUGCUGGGAUGACUACACCAGUCUGUACUGGUGGGUGAUCAAGGCUCCCAUCCUCCUGGCCAUAUUUGUGAACUUCCUCAUCUUCCUCAAUGUCACCAGGAUGUUAGCGCAGAAGAUCCGGUCCCCGGACAUCAGCAAAAACUACAAGCAGCAGUACAUGAGGCUGACAAAGUCCACGCUGUUCCUUAUCCCUCUCUUUGGGGUGCACUACGUGGUGUUCGCGCUCUUCCCCGAGCACAUCGGUGUGGACGCCCGGCUCUACUUCGAGCUGGUCCUUGGCUCCUACCAGGGGUUCCUGGUGGCUCUGCUCUACUGCUUCCUGAAUGGAGAGGUUCAGGCUGAGAUCAAGAGGAACUGGGGCAAGUGGCAGUCAUCCAUGGAGAGCAACGUCUUCAACCUGGCCACCCAAGACUUCACAGCGUGACGAGGAUGGCGUCUGGGGGGAAGUACCUCCCCGAGGAUGAUGGUGGUGGUCCAGCUCCACGGCUACGGUCCCAGAAACACAAUGAAAAGGAUUUUGUAGGUUCUGGGUCUGGCAUCCCCAGAGGGUGGUUGUGAAUGGCUGUUGGGAAAGGCUCUGCCUACUCAGGUGCUAGUGGAUCUCUUGGAUCCCUGUGACGGUGUCUCGCCCUCCCAAAAGCUCUCUGGUCAGUGUUGGUCAGUGUUUUAGGCAAAGGGAAGAGAGCUCCUCCACCUCUUCUGCCCCAGGACUGGGCAGGAAACACAAAUCCAUUUCAUAAAGGACAUCUGGCAUUUUCCAUUUGGCACUGGAAUGCAAACUGAAGGGAUUUACUGCUGGUUGUUUUCCCCACCUUCCUUGGUUUACAAAAUUGUUUCCCUUAUGGAAAGAUGCCCAGACACAACCCCCAGGAGCUGUUCUGGCAGUGGGAGAAGCAAAUACAGAGACAGACAAGAGUCCACAGCUCCUUCGGUGAGACCCCCACAAUGGUCUCAUGCCACGGAUCCUCCUCUGACAUCCAAAACAUUCCCCUUUCUCCCAAUCCUGUUCCUUCAAGCUGCUCUUGGUGCCAGGGAGGACGGUCCAUCACCCUUUCCAUGCCAUCUCAGAGAUGCUCUGCAGCUCUCCCAGGGGCUUUGCACCGGAGGGACAGGAUGGUUUGCAAGCAGUGGGGGU